UUCCCUCCUGAGUGCUGGAGUGGAGACUUUGCUCUGUAGGUCAUAUCUUGGCACCUACAGGGUUGGGCAUUUUCAGGGCACAGAGGACAAUCCAUGGCAGUACUGGGGGGACUGCAGAGGCUGCAGAUCAUUGGAAGGUCUGCCCAUGUAUUGCCCUCCAGCUGCACCCUCUGCUCUAAGCUUAGCACUAAAUCAGCAGGGGGGCACAGGAGAGGUGCCCAGUCCUACCCAGUGAUUAAUGGGGACAUUCUGCCAAUCUAUAGACAUGUGUAUGAAGCCAACACUAGGAACAAUGAGGGAUGCACACAAAGGUAUGUAGAAUUAUUAGAAAAAGUAAAGUUGGGGGGCGGUGAGGAUAGCAUCCUGCGACAUACCCAGCGGAAUAAAAAGGUCCUGGUACGAGAGAGACUGAGAAUGCUCCUAGAUGAUGAAAUGUUUUUAGAACUUUCUCAGUUUUCCGGCCUGGGAUUACCGUAUGGAGAUGUACCCUCUGCAGGUUGUCUGACAGGAGUUGGUAAAAUUUGUGGAAUAUGGUGUGCGUUUAUUGCCACUGAUGCAACUGUUAAAGGAGGGACUGCCUAUCCAAUAUCCGUUAAAAAACAGCUAAGAGUUCAAGAAAUCGCCAUCCAGAACCGGCUGCCCACUGUGUACCUGGUGGAUAGCGGUGGGGCGUUCUUACCUCUGCAGGCAGAGCUGUUUCCUGAUAAGGAGCAUGGUGGGAGAACUUUCUACAAUGAAGCCAUCAUGUCAGCUUUAAAAAUACCACAGGUGGCUGUCGUGUGUGGAUCCUGUACAGCCGGAGGGGCUUAUAUUCCUACGAUGGCUGAGGAAACUAUCAUAGUGGACCGUAUCGGAACAAUAUUUUUGGCUGGGCCGCCGCUGGUUAAAGCUGCGACUGGAGAGGACGUUUCCGCUGAAGAUCUAGGUGGAGCAAAACUACAUUCUAGAGUCAGUGGGUGCGUCGAUCAUUAUGCAGCGACCGAAGCUGAAGCGUACCAUCUCGCCCGAUUUAUUAUAUCCACCUUGAAUUUUGAACCUUUGCCUGAAGAAACUACAGAAUAUGAAGAUCCCUUAUAUGAUCCUCGUGAACUCCGUGGACUCGCUCCUCGGGAUUAUAGUUGCACUCUUGAUGUUAAACUGAUCCUCAGCCGGUUGAUAGAUGGCAGCAGAUUUCUGGAAUUUAAAACUGAAUACGGAACCUGUUUGGUGACAGGAUUUGCUUCCAUUGAAGGACAUUUGGUUGGAAUUUUAGCAAAUAAUGGAGAACUGACUCAUGACGCCUCUUUAAAAGGCAGCCAUUUUGUGCAGCUGUGUAACCAACGCCAAAUUCCUCUCCUGUUCCUUCAGAAUACGAUCUCUCGGGAAUCACUGCCACCAAACAUAUUAAAGGCAGAAGAACAAACGAAUCGAUUGAAAGCUCAGGCAUCGAUGAUGGCAGCUGUCGCUUGCGCCACUGUACCCAAGAUCACAUUGGUUAUUGGCGGAUCUUAUGGGGGAGAAAGCUUUGCCAUGUGUGGCAGGUCAUUUGCACCAAACUUCUUGUUCCUGUGGCCUAACGCAAGAGUCUGUCUUGUGGACCCAAACAGAGCAUCAGAACACACUCAGAUGGGAAAGGAAUCAUCACAAGAAGAAACUGGUUUAAAAUCCACACUGGAAAAGCUGAAAGAAGAAAGUUCGGCAUUUUACUCAUCAGCUAGACUGUGGGAUGAUGGUGUAAUACUACCCCAGGACACCAGGGAAGUCAUCGGAAAGUGUCUGCGAAUUAUCAGUCAACAACAGUAUGAAAAACGCACUAGUCAAGUAUCUCCAGUGCUCAGAAUGUAGACGUUUUAGUUUUUUAAAUUUGUAUAUAUAGUAAUUUUAAUAAACAUUAUAAUUAA